CACACGCACGUCAGAGGGUGCUAUGCACAGUACAUGCCCAGUCCAUGCCCAGUCUUAAUCGGUGGUAAUCGGGUAGGUCCAGUGGACUUGUGGUCUUACAUGUCAUCAGUGGCUCUGGCUCACGCGGCUCACACCUCCCGUCGUUCUCCGGAACUGGUCUUUUGAGCCUGAAUCGCCAGGACCGUCCACACACCAUUGACGCGUUGACGUGGGUACCCAACGCUCGUGAAAAGGAUCGUGAAUCGUCGCGCGGGGCCCGGAUGCACUACCAGACUACCACCAGUCCAGUGGGCGUGGCUCUCUCUCUCGGGCAUGUAGGCGGAGGAUCGUGCCAUAGCCAGAGGGUCCUCCCCGCCCCCGCCCAUUCGUGACUCACUCUGGCCCUUACUCACCCACGGCCGGCAUGCCGCUCUCCGAUUUGGACACGCCUGAAGAGGGCGAGACGGACGAAAUCCCGCCGCCCUCGGCGGCCUCGCCGUCCGUGACGCGGCCGCUGGCCUCCGGUUCGCUGGCCUCGCUGGCCUCGCUGGCCUCGCUGACCUCGCUAGAGGCGCCCCAAGAGCCCGAGGUCUUGAAUGAUGAAGAGGAAUUUGGCCUGCCCAGUCACGUGCUGGCCAUCGCCUUGGGCGACCUGGAUGAGCCGGCUGAGGCUGAAGCCGAUCCGCUGGGUGAGACCAGCGCGCCCUGGCCCAUGGUCCUAGGCACGGUCCACUCAUUGUCCCAAGACCCGGGCCUCUUUUCCCAAAUCGAGGUGGAGGAAGACGAUUGGUCGUGCUUAGAGCCACCCGCCCGCCUCUCGGCCUCGUUUCACCAUCCCAAUGUGAGUCAAGAUCCCGUGGGCAAAGAGACCCUGAUCCGCGAGGCCGUCUGGGAGGACCAACGCAUCCAGUGUCUCCGAUUGAGUCUGCCCAAGAUUGAUGACUUGGCCCACGUCGACAGUCGGGGACGGGUCGAUCUCAAGCGCUUGAAACGCUCUCAACCUCAACUCUUUUGUCGACGGCCCACCCGGAAAACCACCCCAGCGGCUAAACCCAAGAAACCCCGCCCCCGUGCCCCGCCGACCCCCACCGCUAUCCCGGCCCCGGCCCCGGCCUUGAGUGCCGCGCUAGUGCAAUAUUCCAGUAGUGAUUCCGAGGAUUCCGAGUUAGAAGCGUUACGGCAAAGGCAUCGACCCGUGGCGGUCCUCGCCGACCACCCCAGUCCCUCGCCCAGGGCCAGCCAGGCCUGGAAGCGCCCUCGCCCAGCGUCGACACCCCAAUCCGAACCGGACCCCCCUCCUUAUGCCAAAAGGAAAAAGACCCAAACCGGAGGACGGCCCCGGGUCAGCCGGCCCCCAGCGGCUGUCGUCAGUCAUAGUGAUGAUGCCGAAACAGUUCCAAACCCACCACCCGUGGUCCGUGAUAGUGACGCCACUGCUGGUGAGCGGGUGGCGGAUUCACCCACCCAUCCCAUCCAUCCCCAAUCCGUGGGUCGUCCGGGGGUGAUCCCGCCAUCCCCGGGUGCCCCUCCGUCCCCACCCGCCCCCUCGCCGGUCCCACCACCCAUCGCCGUCCCGGACCAGCUCGAAGUCAACCGUCAGGCCCAUGAGGAUGAGGCUUGGCAUGAGCCCGGCCCUUUGAAUUUGGCCUUUUUCAAUUCCACGCAUGAUCUGCGCAAGUUCAAAAAAUUGCUACUAGUCGAAUUACACCACCAUUGUGAGUUCUUGGGCAAAAAGGCCCCCGGGAUCUCGUUCUCCGCCCUGGAACGUCGCAUUCAAUCCGCUAUGGAUCGAAUCAAGGCGCAGAAGCCCUUGAUCCCGGCUCGACCCUCCCCUGCCAGCCCUGCCAGCCCUGCCAGCCCCUUGAAUGGACCCGAUCAGAGGCUCCGCCUUGGUGCCGGCAUCUUAAAGGAGGUGCGCAUUCAACUGAGCGAUGUGCGAAAGGUCGGCUCGCUCCACGAAAAGGCAUUCCAAUUGGCUUGGCCACAUUUUGAGCGCUCAUUGGAGCGACGAGCGCGUCAACGCCAAGAGUCUCUGUCGUUUUGCUUGAAGAUGAUCAAAAAGUUCUUGGACACGCGCGAAUUGUAUUCGCGAGCCAAACGGGAAUCCGAAGACAAGCGAAAAGAUCGAGGGCGAAAUCGCAAAAUCCUGUCCGAUGACUCCGAAAGCAAUGAUGACGGGGAUAAGGCCAAAUCCAAAUCCAAUGCAACCAGCCAGAGACAGGACAGUCCCGAUCAUCCGGGGUCUGAGAAUGCCAAGACCAAGUCGGGCUCGCACAUUACACAAAUGGGCAAGGGAUUCAAAAUCCCAAAGGCCGAGGGCAAAAGUAAAGACCAAUCGAAGGAGACCACAAUGAAAUCCAUUCUGAAAGAGGAGCCGAUGAAGACCAAUAGCAAAGGUCAGGCACCCGCCAACGCCAAAAACCCGUUGUCCAAGCAAUACAACCAUAGCUAUCAAAAACCGAGGGAUUCAAAUCCAUCUCGACCAAGCGCCAAUAAAAAGCCCUCAUUUUCAUCCGCCACCAAACGUACCCAGAGCUUUGAUCUCUUAAAUGUGGUCAGUGGAAUGAAGAACAACACCAAAAAGAAGGAGCCGCGAACAGAUCCCCGUGUCAGAGAGCUUCAAAAUCGCCCGCAGUCCAAAAAUGGCCCUCAUUCUGACACCUCCUACCAAUCAAGGCACGGACAUAACUCGCACAUUGCCAAUGGCAAGAGAGACAACUCGCUAGGCCAAAACAAGCCAGAUCGACUUCCGUUGAAAUUCAUCGGGGAUGACGACGUGGACGAGGUGCUGUCGCGACGAAUGCGCGAUCCCAAUGGUCAAGACUUCAGCACCGUGAUCGCGUGGAGAGAGCCCGGAUUAUCACCCAUCAUGUUCAAGUGUCGGGUGUGCAAUCUGAAAAUCCAGGGUAAGGGCGAUCUCAUGCAUCACGUGGUGGGGUUUAGACAUCAUACCAACUUCAAACGCCACACGGCUUUGCCUCCACGAGACAGGCCCAAAACUGCCUUGGACAGGCCCAAAUCUGCCUUGGACAGGCCGUCAAGUUCGGUGGGUGACGCCACGCCCCCAGGUGACGACUACAGAGAUGAUAGUCCGACCCCUGGGGCAGGUCAAUCGAUCGAAGCUCAACCUCCUGUGAUGAAUAUCUUACCAGUGCCCUCCCAAGUUUGGGACAUGCCCAAGUUCUCUCUGCCCCUGCCUGUCCCAUCUUUACCCAAACCCGUGCCCUCGACACGACCAAGUUGUGACUCAGUGACGCCAGGAUCAUUCAUCUCAUCCACGUCACCAAUGCAAUCAUCAACCGAGGCUACCCGACCUCGUUCUUUCAUUCCGGGUCUACCCACGCCCAUACCGGUGCCUGUUGCCACACGCGUCCCUGUUCGUAACCCAGAUUCCCACUCGCCCACUCCCGCUCCGUCCUGCUGUACCGUACAUCCGCCUCCCAAAGCCAGGAUCACCGGCGGUCAAGCCAGGUUUGUCCAAGGCUGA